UGUAAACUUUUUCGUACGUCGGACGCGUAUUGUUGUGUUGCUGUUUGUACAAUUUUUCAGCGUUUAUUGCUGCGAAAGUGGGGUGGAACUAGUGAAAAAGAAGUGCUCGGUAACUCACUUCAGAUAAGGCGGAGCUCGCACGAUUUGGAUAGUGUCCCUCCCGGCAGGGUCUAAAUUUCACCGUGUGUGUCGGUAAAACGCGACACCCAGGGUGGUCCAGCUGCGUCCUGUAGCAUCUGGACAGUGGAUGGAAAAAUGUGCCAGCGAGCAAUGCUGAGCCUGCCAGAACGCAUCGUGCCACAGAUAAUCCUUCCAGCCAGUAUUACCGUACCUCAGCAACAGCAGCAACCGGUGGGACGGGCUUGCAUUCGUCCAUCCGUCCAUGACCAGGUACGAUCGGUACAGCUUGUCGUCGGACCAGCAACAGAAACAGCGGGAAGCGCCCGCCGCAGCUACGGCAGAGCAGUGUCAGGACCGGGACGUAGUCGUAGUUGGAUGCACGGCGAUGACUGACGAGGAGUUGCUGCUGCUGGAGCGUGCUAACGCGGAACGGGACGAGAUAUUCCUGCGCUAUGACCAGGGACGCAAGUGUGACAAUAUCGAUGCGUGGGAGGAUCCGUUGUUUGAGGUAUACACGCAGGCCGAUCGGUACGGCUUUCUGCAUCCGGUCGCACCAAAACAGUCGAAGGAGACGGAACAGCUACAGCACAAGAUCGAGAUGGAGCGGCUGAAGAAGUGGGUAAAGAUGAACAAAAACUGGACCAGCGCGGCCACGAAGGAAAAUCUUCGCCGACGCGUCAUGAAAGGCAUCCCGGAUCGGAUGCGUUCCCCAAUCUGGCGCAAACUGCUUGAGCUUGAUCGCCAGAUAAUGGAAAACUCGGGCAUGUAUGAGCGGAUGCUGGAAUGUGCCCGCCGGCAUAGCCCGGACAUCCGACAGAUUGAUUUCGACGUGAACCGACAGUUCCGGAACCACCUGUUCUAUCGCGACCGGUACAGUGUGAAGCAACAGAGUUUAUUUCGCGUGCUGGCCGCGUACAGUAUGUACAAUACCGAAAUCGGCUACUGUCAGGGUAUGUCGACAGUGGCAGCAGUACUGCUGAUGUACUUCGACGAGGAAGACACGUUCUGGGCGUUGGAUGUACUGAUGACCCAUCCACGGUACGCUAUGCACGGUCUGUACAUUGUGGGCUUCCCGAAGUUGAUGCGAUGUUUGGCGCAUCACGACAAAAUCCUCACCAAGUGUUUGCCCAAGCUGAAGAAACACCUGGACAAGCACGAGGUACAUUCCGUACUGUAUUCACUGAAAUGGUUUUUUGUUGUCUUCAUCGAACGAAUACCUUUCAGUCUUUGUUUGCGGGUGUGGGACAUUUAUAUGAUGUUUGGUGAACGUGUCCUUACGGCAAUGGCUUACACUAUACUAAAAAUUCACAAAACCAAGAUUAUUCGAAUGAAGGACAUGGAUCAGGUGACGGAUUUCCUGCAGACAUCGUUACACAAACAGUUCGGUUAUGACGAUGACUUUGUGAUAAAGGCUCUUCAGAAUUCGAUGGAUGAGCUAAAGAAGCUGAAGCUGCUUAACAUGCCACCCGCUUCCGCUAACGAGCUUCCCACCUUGCCACGGGGACAGACGGUGGAACCAUCGGCUAAGGCGAGGAUUGGUCACCGUAAUGAACAGUUUUCGGAGCGAGAAAUAGCACUGAAAGAAACGGUGCUGUAUCGCAGUGAAUCGAAGAACGAAGAGGACGAACAGUACAAUAAUGGGGAGGUUGUUAGGGAUCGGACCGCAACGGCACCGGAGGAGGAGGAUGACGAACGCACGGAGAAAGAUUACGAUGAUAUUACGGAAGACACAGUGAGCCAACUGCAUACAGUUUCGGACAUGGAUGGUGGAAGCAUAACAAAGCAUUCGCUGACCGGAACAUCCGUAACCUCAACAAACGACAUCAGCCUAACGUCGUACGACCGUACCUGUGAUAUAUUCCGGUUGCAACCAGCGGGGCACCAACAAAGUGGUCGCGAUCUGCCACCCGCCGGUACAGCAUCGGCCGUAAUGAUGCUUGAUCAGCUAGCCGCCCAGUUGUCGGACGAGGAACUUUCCUCCUAUGGAGCAGCGGUCGAGCUGAUGUUGGACGAUGAUGCUGAUAAUGAGGUUGAGCCCAAUCGAUCAGUGAAGAUGAUGGUCGAAAAAGAUGCGGGUGGAAAUAUGCCCAACGGUCACGGGGAAGAGUUAGCGGAGGAGUUGGAACCAAUGCUGCUCCAAUCGUUAACCGAUCCGGCACACGAUGGACAAACAGACCCGCUGAUAUUGCAAUCGUCCGACCAGCAAACCAUUGACGAGGAAGAUGAAGACGAGCUAACCGAAAAGCAGCUAUCUUUCUAAAACAAUCGGCUGCACGUAAUAGUAAAGCUCACACUGCCGGAAAACUGCUGCAGGGAGGAAACAUAUUCUUCUUACCUUCUUUAUCAAGGUUUAAGGUGCAAACUGGUGUAAGAUAACUAUACCCCGUAGUAGCGUUUGUGUAGUGGUGAAUUGCGGAAUGUUUCCAACU